GAAAAAGGAGGGGUCAGAAUCGUAAAAGUAUAUUCAGCAUUCAGCAGCUUGUACUUGAGAAAAUUACUCAUCGUCAAGUCGUCAGGCCGCUCAGUUCGCUCCCGGCUCCGGUUCAAUCAUAUAUUAAGGAACAGAGGAGUAAUAAUUUUCGCCAGGAAAUCAUUUUCUACUGUGCGGGAACAGGUGAAGAUGGUAAAAGCAAAGAGAUUUGUGGUGCAGAAACAUUUCCAAGGCGAACCGAAAACAACGGAUUUAAAACUUGUUCAAGAGGACAUACCACCUCUUCACAAUGGAGAAUAUCUGGUUGAAGCAGAGUAUCUUUCUGUGGACCCUUACAUGCGACCUUACGUCCAGAGAUACCCAGAGGGUAUAACAAUGAUCGGCUCGCAGGUAGCAAAAAUCAUUGAGUCCAGAAAUCCAGAAUAUCCAGUUGGGAAAAGAAUUGUUGGCUACCUGGGAUGGAGAACGCACACAGUUGUAAAUCCACAGAUAUCCAGUAGUAGCGAUGAUACAUUUGCCUUUGAGAAACCGUAUAUCUUACCUGACAUAGGAGAUCUCUCCCCAUCGUUAUUUUUAGGAGUAUUAGGAAUGCCAGGAAAUACAGCAUAUUUUGGUUUUCUAGAAAUUUGCCAGCCGAAACAGGGUGAAACACUUGUUAUAAGCGGUGCCGCCGGAGCUGUUGGUUCACAUGUUGGCCAGAUAGCAAAAAAUGUUUGCGGACUGACUGUGAUCGGCAUUGCCGGAUCGGACGAGAAAUGCAAAUGGCUGGUAGACGAGCUUGGUUUCGAUCAUGCUAUUAAUUACAAGAAGGGUGAUAUCGCGACUAGUUUGAGGGUUGCCGCGCCGAAGGGAGUCGAUUGCUAUUUCGAUAAUGUGGGAGGAGAUAUUUCAAGUGUAGUUUUGUAUCAAAUGAAACCUUUUGGUCGCGUAUCCGUGUGCGGGAGUAUUUCUUCGUACAAUGCGGAUGCUUCAUCACUACCAAAAACCGCGAUCAUUCAGCCGACAAUGGUGUUCAAUCAAUUGAAAAUGGAAGGUUUCAUAGUACACCGCUGGAUGAGUCGUAUGUCCGAGGGAGUAGAGAAGAAUCUCCAAUGGAUAAAGGAGGGAAAACUUCGCUAUCGCGAGACUGUAACGAACGGUUUCGAAAAUAUGUUCGACGCGUUUGUUGGCAUGUUAAACGGAAAAAAUAUUGGCAAAGCUAUCGUCAAAGUUUAAAUGAAUAAUAUAAUUUGUUUAUAAAACAUCGAUAUUAACAAUAAUAGAAUAUGUAUUUUAAUAAAUGUGACGUGUAAUUGUCAUCGACAGAGUUUUAUUGCAAUAUAUUACACAGAUCAUAAUGUAUCACAAUAAAUAAUUACAUUUGGUUUUUCAA